UGUUGCCACGGAACAUUUGCUCUAAGUUGAACUUUGGUUUAAGCAUGGAGUUUUCUUUGUUCUUCAUUGCAGCCAUUCUGUUCUUUGGUUCUGUUGUAGCUCAAGUUGAUACUCUUGGCUUUAAUGGAGAUGAGAGAGAUGCUCUUUAUGCAUUGAAGGCAACUUUCAAUGACUCUUUCCUUAACAGAAACUGGAGUGGAACUCACUGCCACAACAAUCAGCCUCCUCUUUGGUAUGGCCUUCGAUGUGUCGAUGGCCGAGUAACGACGCUGUCGUUGGAUAGCUUGGGAUUGGUGGGGAAUAUGAACGUCGAUGCGUUAAGGAAGUUCACUGAAUUGUCUACACUAAGCUUGAAGAACAAUUCCUUAUCAGGGAAUGUAUUCAAUUUCUCUUCCAACCAGAAGCUGAAGGCUAUAGAUCUAUCAUUCAACGUGUUUGAUGGGUGGAUUCCGCGUUCCCUUAUGAGCCUAAAUUCAUUGCAGUCAUUGCAGCUUCAAAACAACAGACUUAUUGGUUCCAUACCUGAACUCAACCAGUCUUCCUUAUCAGUAUUCAAUGUCUCAAACAACAAUCUCAAUGGUUCCAUUCCAAAAACAAAGGCUCUUCAGUCGUUUGGCUCGAGCUCCUAUAGCGGUAAUCCGGGACUCUGCGGUCGACCCUCUGAUGUUGUCUGCAACUCAAUCAUAAAAGAGUCAGAUAAGAAAGCAGCAGCACCUCCUGAUACUAGUAAAGCCACUGAAGCGAAUUCUUUUUCUAAACAUCUUGUCACUUUGUUGCUAAUUCUUGUUAUUGUACUCUUUUUUGUUGCUACUCUAUUGCUGCUGCUUCUCUACUUCAAGAAACAUCGAGAGCUAAAAGAGCUUAUGAAGCAAAUAGGAUUGAAUGAAACAAAAGAGAAGAGAAAUGAAAACUUGACAGAUAUCUCAGUUCAGAACCAAGGACCUGCAGCAGAUGAAGGAGGAAAGCUCAUCUUCAUGGAGGAGAGUGAAAAUUUCCUCCUUGAAGAUCUUCUUAAAGCUUCUGCUGAGGGACUUGGUAAGGGAAUAUUUGGGAAUAGUUAUAAGGCUAUGCUUGAAGGCAGAUCGCCUAUCGUCGUGAAAAGGCUUAGAGAUCUGAAACCGUUGAGCGUCGACGAAUUCAUGAAGCAAGUACAAGUUAUUGCCAAGCAAAGGCAUCCAAAUCUGCUUCCACUUGUUGCCUAUUUCUACACCAAAGAAGAGAAGCUUUUCCUCUACAAGUAUGCAGAAAAGGGGAACUUGUUUGAUAGAAUCCAUGGAGGCAGAGGUGUGGGCAGAGUUCCAUUCAGGUGGCGUUCAAGAUUGGUUGUUGCUCAAGGAGUGGCAAGGGCUUUGGAAUUUCUCCAUCUAAAUACCAAGCCAAAUAGCAUUAUCCCACAUGGAAACUUGAAAUCUGUAAAUGUCUUACUUGGUGAGAAUGAUGAGGUUCUUGUUUCAGAUUAUGGUUUUGCUUCUCUUGUAGCCCUUCCCAUUGCAGCUCAACGCCUAGCCUCAUAUACAUCACCUGAAUAUCAACAAAUAAAAAGGGUGUCAAGAAAAUCAGAUGUUUGGAGCUUUGGCUGCCUUCUUAUUGAACUUUUGUCAGGAAAAAUCUCAUCUCACUCAGCACCAGAGGGUUCCCACGGCAUUGAUUUAUGCGCUUGGGUGAACCGAGCAGUAAGAGAAGAAUGGACAGCAGAAAUAUUCGACUCUGAAAUAGCUUCACAAAGAUCUGCUAUUCCAGGAAUGUUGAAUAUGUUACAGAUUGCAAUACGUUGUUGCAAUACUUCACCUGAUAAACGACCAGAGAUGACUGAAGUUGUGAGAGAGGUUGAAAGUAUCAGGCUAACAGAAAAUGGAGAAGAGUAUAGCUCAUCCUUUGAUCAAUCAUUAACAGAUGAUUCAAUGUCAGGCAUUGCAUUGGAUGAGAGAUGAAAGAUGCAGCCAUUUCAAGCCAAAUUAUGAAUAAUACUUUACUAUUAUUCAGACUUUUCUUAUGGCAUUGAAAUCCAUUGAUC